UAAUCGACAAUCGUGUAUAAAGCCUACCUCCAUCGUCUUCAUCCUCCUCCACAUGUAUUCUAUCUUCUCUCCUCUUCUUCCUUCUAACUCUCCUCCUCAAGAAAUAUUCUUGAAACCAAACCGCCUCCCAAAAAACAAUGGGCGUAGCUGUUCUAAAUCCACAGGACUGUCUCAAACAACCUUUCUCCCACAUGAAGUAUCCUCGUAACCACACCGCAUGCCCCAACAGGCAUCAGAAGAAGCCGGUUCCAAACCGCACGCGCCGGAGUCCUCCGCGCAAUCAGACAACCAGAUCUCCUCCUAAAGCUCCGCCUCCGCCUCCUCAACGCGCCGCCGUCUCUUCUUACGUCCCGAAGGGAACGGUUGAGAAGAGUCCCACCAAAAACGUCGUCGUUGGUCAGGUUAGGAUCCUGAAGCGCGGCGAGGAGAUCCCUAAGAAGACAUUAGAAUUGGUCGUGGAAAAGACAAAUCUGGUCGUGGAGAAGACAGAUCUGGUCGUGGAGAAGCCAGAUCUGGUUUCUACUCAGCGGAUCGGACCAGAUCCGUGUCUGAUUCCGAGCCAGAUCCGUCUCUCCGACCGUAAAUCGAAGAAGACCACCGUAGUUCCGUUUUACGCCGGUCCUGUGACCAUGACCUCGCCGCCUCCGAGCGACGUCCCUCUUCCAGCCUUCUUCACCACGAAGAAGGACGCUACAAACCAUAUCAUCAAGCUGCUUCGCCUAGACGUCGCAUGUAUGUCUCUCCAAUGAUCCAUUUCUGUUUCAAGUGUUACCGAUCGUCCGAUUUUAAUCUACAACAAAGCAUCUACAGACGACGAAUCUAGAAGAUGAGGAAACGCAUCUUCGUUAUGAACCAGUUUCGAAUCUUCCCUUAUUUUUUCAAGGGGCAAGGUCGAAAUAUCUUUUAUAACAGGUCUUAGUUUCUCUUCUUAGGGGUUUAGUGUUUGUGUAGGAAGUAUUUGUUUUUUUAGGCUUUUGUAAUUCUAAAAGUAAUCUGUGUCUUGUCUUUGGUUUUUUUUAAUUCUGUUUUAGUCCUCUGAUGCUCUGGUAAAUUAUAGGUUCGCUUUGUGUUUUCUUUCCUUAUUAUUAUCGAGUCUAGUAUUAUUCCUAAGGGACAUAGAGGUGUAUCUACUGGUAACUACCAUUGCGUUUGUGUAUGCCCAGUAUUACGAUUCUAUGUAUUUAAUAGUACUUGUUUUAAGGUCAGUCGAGUUUAAUUUGUAAUAUCAACUUAUGUUUCGAUGUAAGCAUGUAUUACAGUUCUCUAUCUAUAUAAAAUAUUAAUCGUUUUCUUUUUCA